GUCGUCUUGACCGAUGAUCUGCAUCGGAUCCUCAAGCGAUCAAUGACCAGUGGUGUCGAUCCUCACCACCACUGGUGGAAGUGUUUCCCUUAACGAAAAGGCAACGUUGUCCUUAGCAUGUCUGGUAAAGUCGUUCACGUUCCACGGUUACAGAACCUUUCGCGUUUGAGAGUUCGUCCAAAGAAGACGAAAAGCUCUAUUCCAUGUGCUGAACAAAUGGCAGCGAUGUUGGGUUGCUGGCAAACCAACGGUGGAGUGCCGGACGCUCCACAAUGUGCUCAAUUGGCCAUAAAUUUGCAAGCGUGCAUGCAGAAACAGUCCGCUAAACAACGACCUCCUAAGGACACCAUCAAUUACCACCUCGCGCGGCUUGGUAAACUGCUGUAGCCUUCUCAAUUUUGCAAAAAAGUUUAUGAUAUACUCAUGUCCGUUUCUUUCUUCUCUCGUUCAAAAUAAAAUGCCGUUUUAAAUGCCACUGAACGCGUUUGUUUGCAAAUCGCGAGUUUCGCGUUUCCAUAACUUUAUUAAUAAAAUAAAGUACACCGUGAUGCGCCAACAUGCGCUUUAUCUAAUCUAAACGAAAUAAC